AUGGAUCCUCGCGUCGCCGCAACCUCCGUGUUCCGGUGGUCUAGGAGUCGCCGGAAGAUCCAUCUCCGGCGUCGUAAGUCACAGGUGGUACGUCUUGGCGGGAAGAACAACGUGGUGCCACGUGGCGGAUUCUCAUUGAAGAGAAUGGUGAGGAAAAUGAAGCUAAGAUGGUUAAGGCUACAUUACGUGAGACUUGUGAAGAAGAUAAAAGGGUUUUAUCGUAAUUUGGUUAAAGAGUUUAUAGAAGCAGGAGCUGGACUUGAAGUGAUUCAACAAAGAAUGGCGGUUGAAGCGGCUGCGUUUGCGGUUCCAGGACUAGGUUUAUCUUUCUCCUCUAUGUCAGUCCAUGAUCGAGCAAGGUAUUUUCUUGUAUAG